AAAAAUGUAUGCUCGCAAAACGAUUGCGUAGCAUUCGCGCAAAUGCUUUGCAAACGUUUUGCGAACAUGUGGGUGAAAAUUCAUGGCGGACUUAGAUUAGAACACUUGGCGAAUGCUUUGACAACAUUUCCCAAAACACUUUUUGGUUCACGACAGCGAAUGCUUAGAGGUGUCUUUUCGGUAAUCUCCGUGGUUCGUUUACAAAUGCAUGGCGGCGUUCUUUCUACAACUUUUGCAGUAAACAUGUAAAUGCAUAGAGAAGUUUAUGCUCACCAUUUUUAGUAUUCAGCAUGAUUUGUUGCAAACGUUUGGCGGUGUUUUUCAUGGAUCCGUUUUUGCAGGCUGCAGUACCCUUUUGGGCAUGGUUCAGUACAAUUAGGGCAUGCCUCGUUUGGAUUUACUUAAAAUGCAACAAGCAAAUUAUUUGAUAUAUUAAAAAAAACAUCUACACUACACGCACACACGAUGGACGGAUGGAUGGGGCAUGCGCGUGAGAAGGGGAGUGCACGAGAGCGGAUGCUCUCCAUUCCGCUCUGCCCCCUCCACCUUCCCACACACACUACUAGCCAUGCCUCUCUGCACGAGUCACGCCGCACCGCUGCUGCGCCAAGCACACACGUGGCAAGCACACACAUGGCAAGCACAGCUCCAGGGGCGAGGGGGAGAAAGAGCAGCUGGGACGAGCGAAAAGGGAGAGAGGGCACGAAAGGGGGAUCGAGACGGGCAUAGACGGAACGAGUACAGGAGAGAGGAAAAGGACAGUGGCGAGAAGCGAAACAAGGGAAGAGAUGUUUCACCACCGUGCUCGCAUCUGCUGGCGUCCGCGCACUUGGUGGCCGCCUCCAUGCGCGCAUCUAGGUACUCCGCCAGGCGCCCCGCCUCCCGAAGAUACCGCUUCUGCGUGCCGCCUCCUCCCCCUCGCCCCUCCUUACUCUCCCGCCCCCCCAAUGGCGCAUUAGCUCAUGAACAUGCAGAUAAGAAUGACAUGGGUGAACAAGACUAGUCACCUACGAGCUGCUUGAAACGAUAGACCAUCGUGAAACGAGAUCCUCAGCAUAGGGCGCACUAAGAACGACCAUGGUAAUCGAAGCCUGUGGGAGAGGAAGGAGCUGCUCACUAGGGGGCGCGAAGGCGAGAAUGGGAGCUGAAACUGAUGCAGAUAGAACUGCCGAGGGCUAUUAUUGUAAGUAACGUCUAGCUGGAAGGCAUGAGAGGGCACAAGGGGGCAAGUAAGGAAGGGAUCAGAAGUGUGU